ACGUUGACAUAACACAAUCACAUGUGACAACUACAAACUAGAGUUCGACACUUGACAGUUAGUUCUUAUUGAUUGGGAUUUGCAAUUAUCAUUUUACUUCAUAAUAUUUGUAUUACAUACAUACUGACCACGUUAUUUCUUAGAGCAAGUAAGUAAUAUAAAGUAUAAUGUCGCAAGUUAAAUCUAACAAAAAAUUCAAAUGGGCACUGGACUUUAACCAGAGGAAUAAGCCACAAACAACUGAGUUGUCCUCUCCGCCCGGUUAUAGUCAAUCGGCAAACGCGAGCUAUACAGAAUCGUCCAAGGACUCCGACUCAAAUUUAUUGUUGAUAAAAAAACUUUGGGAUGUUGCUCUUGGUCCUCUAAAACAAGUGCCAAUGAAUCUAUUUAUAAUGUAUAUGGCGGGUAAUUCUAUCUCGAUUUUUCCUAUUAUGAUGGUUGGUAUGUUAAUUGUAAGACCUGUGAAAGCAUUGUUUGCUACACAAAGCACAUUCAAAAUUGUUGAGGGAACGCAGGCUACAGGCCAGAAGUUUGUGUAUUUUAUUGGUAAUAUUGUUAACAUAUUACUUGCUUUGUACAAAUGUCAGAGCAUGGGACUGUUACCAACACACUCAAGUGACUGGUUAGCAUUUGAAGAACCUUCUACUAGAGUAGAAUAUAUUGGAGGUGGUAUUUCUCUUAUAUAAAUAAAUGAUAAGCUUAGAAAAUGUAUGUAUGUACUAAUUUUAUUUAAAUUAUCAUCACAUAGACCUAUUAAAAGUAUGUACAAAU